AUGAUGAGUGCUCCCCCAGCACCCGGUGACUCCAAUGCCAGCUGUAUCACUGCUCUGAGCUCCUGCACAGCCACUGCUGACAUGUCCAGGAAACAGUACUUCACCCAGACAGCGAGAUAUGAUGGUAGAACAGUGGCCGUAAAGAAAAUAAUGAAGAAGGCAUUCACACUGUCCAAAUCCAUACGUAAAGAAGUGAAGCAAGUAAGGGAACUUGAUCAUCCCAAUCUCUGCAAAUUCAUUGGAGGUUGUAUAGAAGUGCCUAAUGUUGCCAUAGUGACAGAGUACUGCCCCAAAGGGAGCCUGAAUGAUGUUCUGCUCAAUGAAGACAUUCCUUUGAACUGGGGCUUCAGGUUUUCUUUUGCUACUGAUAUUGCACAAGGAAUGGCCUAUCUUCACCACCACAAAAUGUAUCAUGGACGGUUGAAGUCUAGUAACUGUGUGAUAGAUGACCGAUGGGUUUGUAAAAUUGCAGAUUAUGGUUUACAAUCAUACAGAAAAGAAGAUUCUCCUGAGGGGUCAAGCUCAUUCCAGCAGCAUUUGAUACAGAUUUACACAGCUCCUGAAAUUCAUUCUCUUUCAGACUUUGAACCUAAUUCUAUGACAGAUGUCUACAGUUAUGCCAUCAUUUUACUAGAAAUUGCCACAAGAAGUGACCCUAUGCCAAAAGAUGACAUGCAUUCAGCUGAAUAUUCUUGGUGCCCACCUUUGGCAGAAUUAAUUUCAGGAAAGGCUGAGAAUUCUUGUCCAUGUCCCACAGAUUACAUAGAGUUAAUCAGAAGGUGCAGAAAAAAUAAUCCAGCCCAAAGGCCUACAUUUGAACAAGUCAAGAAAAUGUUGUACAAGAUGAAUCCUAAUAAAGUUAGCCCUGUUGACAUGAUGAUGACUCUGAUGGAGAAAUAUAGCAAACAUCUGGAGAUGCUGGUUUCUGAGAGAACCCAGGAUUUAAUGCAUGAGAAACAGAAGACUGAUCGUCUGUUGUAUAGUAUGUUGCCGAAGCAAGUGGCAGAUGAUCUCAGGCAAGGAAAACAUGCACAAGCUCAAAGUUACUUAAGUGCCACCAUCUUUUUCAGUGACAUUGUUGGCUUCACUCAGCUGUCCAGCAGCAGCACACCCUACCAAGUGGUAGAUCUCUUGAACAAGCUUUAUACUACUUUUGAUGAAAUCAUAGAUAACUAUGAUGUCUAUAAGGUGGAGACAAUAGGAGAUGCCUAUAUGGUGGUGUCAGGAGUACCCAAAGAGAAUGGGAUCCUUCAUGCCGGUGAGAUCGCAAGCAUGGCUUUAGACCUUCUGGACAUCUGCAAGACUUUUAAGAUCCCACACAAGCCCAACACCCUUCUAAAGAUAAGAGCAGGAAUCCAUUCAGGGGCAGUUGUAGCUGGAGUUGUUGGGACCAAAAUGCCACGAUAUUGUUUAUUUGGAGAUACUGUGAACACAGCUUCCAGGAUGGAAUCUACUAGUGAAGCUCUUAAAAUACAGUGCAGUUCAAGUGCAUACCAGCUGUUGGAGCAGAUUGGAGAGUAUGUGUUAGUAUGCCGUGGGAAUUUACAAGUCAAGGGGAAAGGAGACAUGGUAACAUACUGGCUGGAAGGUAAGAAAGCCUCUGCCACCCAGAAGGCAGUCACCAGCACUUCUGUGACUCUUCAGGACCCCAACAGAGCUUCCUUUAGUUUGAUACCAGGUGUCCUUCCCAGUGAUCCUCUCUCAAGUCCUGCUGACUAG